AUGCGGAAGAUCCAUUUCUUGGACGUCUGUUCCAUUGAUGUACCAUCAUCACUGUUUGCUACGAGGGAUCCUCUUUCCUGCAUCAGUAUGCGGCGACCCUUGUCUAUUUGCCCCCCGAAUGUAUCGCGUUCAAGGGCCUCAAAGCUCGUGUUACCAAGGAUGCAUCCAUACCUCCACGAGAAGAUCGCCGAUCGCCGUAUCUAUUAUGGUCGUAUCGACCCCCGUUUUUCUAACGCUUUCCUACGGCACAUCCUCGGUGUCCACGAAGGGCCGCUUUCUCGUACUCCAAAAAUGGGGGGGGGAGCGAUUUCCUUUUCUUGGAGGACAGAUCUUACCCUAGAUGAGGUCUUCGUCAUCGACGCUGGUUGGCUCGCAGAUCACUCACCCAAGGGUCACAUACUCCGUGGAUUCUCCCUCCCAGUUUCCUCCUUUCCGCUUACGAGACUUUAUUUUAAAUUUUUUCUGCCUGUCCCCGAAGCUCUGACUCGUCUCAUCAUGCACUCGGGAUUGAGGUCCAUCGUUAUCGCCCCUUCUGUGCCUCGACGAUGGGCGUCUGCUGUUUUUGCAGGGUCAUGGUGGAAGGACGAGUAA